AUGAAUAAGUAUGAAAUCGAUGGUAUUAUUGGUGAAGGUGCCUACGGUAUUGUAUAUAAAGCUUAGCACAAAGAAACUGGAGAACUGGGUAAACAGAUUGAUUUUAAUAUCGCUAAAAUAGUGGCUAUUAAGAAAUUCAAAGAAUCGGAUGAAGAUGAGAUUGCUAAAAAGACCAUUAUGAGGGAAGUUAAAAUGCUAAGGAUGUUAAAAUACCCCAACAUAGUUCUUCUUAAAGAAGCAUUCAAAAGGUAUUAUAAAUACACUCUUAACUAAGCUAUUAGAAAGGGUAGAUUAUAUCUAGUAUUUGAGUAUAUCGAAAGAAAUCUCUUGGAAGUGUUAGAGGAAAACUCCAGUGGAAUCGAUCCUAAACGACUCAGGCAUUUUGUAUAUCAGAUGAUAAAAGGAGUAACUUUUUGCCACAGGAAUAAUGUUGUACAUAGAGACGUCAAACCUGAGAAUUUACUAAUUAGCUCUGAUAACACCCUCAAGUUAUGCGAUUUCGGUUUUUCAAGGCAAUUACCAUCCAAUUUUAGAGGUCCAAGACUAGAAGGUGGUAAAAUGACAGAUUAUGUCGCCACAAGAUGGUACAGAUCUCCUGAAUUAUUACUUGGAUACUCUGAUUAUGGUCCAGAAGUGGAUAUGUGGGCUAUUGGCUGUAUAAUGGGAGAACUCAGUGAUGGGCAGCCGAUGUUUCCUGGAGAGUCAGAGAUUGACUAACUAUAUCUUAUUCAAAAAGUGGUUGGUCCAUUAACACUAGAGUAGCAAGAAUGUUUUAAUAAAAACCCGAGAUUUAUCGGUCUGAAAUUUCCUGAAAUUUUAAAGCCUGAAACCCUUGAAAAGAAAUAUACGGGAAAGCUAUCUAACAAUGCGCUCUCCUUGAUGAUUGGUCUAUUAAAAAUGGAUCCAGCUGAUAGACUAACUGGAGAAUAAGCUUUGAAGCAUAAAUACUUUGAUGACAUUAGAGAACCUGAAACUGAGGCAGAAAUAUCAGGAUUAAUUGCUCCAGUUCAAAGACCAAUUUACUCUUCUCAAUCAAGAAUAACUCAAUAUGGUCAUGGUGGGAAGGUUUCAAGCAAUAUGCAAACAUAAUUGAUCUAAGCAAACCAAACUCAUUCAAAUCAAAGAAACAUUUCAAACUCAAAGGAGAGUGACAAGCAAUCUGCCUAUAACUCCUCAAAACAUUCAGUGGGAAAUCCUUACAAAAUGCACUUAACAAAUAGCAAUGGCUUCAAUAUUGGAUCUAGGAGAACUGUAGGUGACAACUUAAAUGGAGGCUAGCUUGGAAGUGAGAUGCAAGAACAAAGAAUGAAUAACUCAACUAAAACAAAUAAUUAGUCAUUGAUAAAGUAGAAAUGGGCAAAUAGUAAAAAUGCAUUUAGUGGACCCCUUCAUUAAAAAUAAGAGAGCAAGCAAGUCAAUGAAAAAAACUAAAGGAUUAUGGAUGUUUAUGGUUCCACUACUUAGACAUAAUAAAUGGGCCACUCCUUUUAACCAAAUAAGUUCUAAUUUAACACCUUCUAUGGCUAGAAAAAUUUAAAUAGCUAAUAUGACUAUAACAUUGAAGGUGGUGGUGGUCAGGUUCAGUAAGUAGCUCCCUAAGUUGGCAUCAAUAAUUAGCUUAAUCGAAUGGUCAAUUCUGAGUUAACCACUUAUUAAUCUGAGAAAAAAAUUCCAAAUGAUUAUUAACCCUACAAUUAAUAUAAUACAAACUCUAGAUAGCAAGUUAUUAUUGAAGAAGAAGGCUGGAAUUCAUAAAGAUCCAGUGAUGAAGAUAAUUAUACUGCAAUAACUCCAAGUAAUAAAAAUGGCUUAGCAAGUUAACCGCUUGUGAUUGGUUCAGGAGCAAUUAAUGUAUACAAUUAAAAUCCACAGUCAUUGUCAAAUUCUCUUGAUAAUAGAACUUAGCAAGUGACGAAUUAGGUGAAUUAAAGACAAGGAAGCAAUCAAUCAGGUACUGGAGACACUGGUCAUGACUAUAAACCACUUGAGAUUGAUCAUGAGCAUCGUAGAACAGUUACCAAUCUUAAUAGCUAAAAUCAACAAAGAGGAAGAUAGCUCAUUCCUCAAUAGUAAUUCGUUCUUCAACAAAAUCAAGUUGCUAAUUAGCAGUAACUUUAAGGAAAGAAGUUCACUAAUGGUGGUGCAGGAGGAGGUUUCAGAGAUAGUUCUAUGGGCAAACAUCCCAACAAAUUUAUAAAUUCUAAAUAAUAAAUGAUGCAGACUAAUUAUACGAAUCAAUAGCCUUAAUAAUUUCAAAAAAUGACUACUGGUAAUCCAAGAGUUAAUGAGAUUCUACUUGAAAGUCAAAAAAUGAUCUACGCUCCACCUUCGAGGGAAAAAAGUAAGCAAACUGUAAGAAGCCCAAUGCUAGACAAACAUGCGAGCAGUGGAGCAGUUGGAGGGGGUUUGACAUCUGCUUUAAGCCAUGGCUCAGUUAAUGGUGAUAUGGAGUAUCCAAUGGCUUCUACUUAGUACGGUGUUGUAAAUGCAAAUACAAACUCUUAAAUUAGCAACAUAAACAACCGCAAAAAGCAAAUAAGCCAGAUAAAUAAUGUUUAUGGCGGUGGAGCUGCAGCAGCAAUUAACACGAAUCACUAGAAAAACCCCAUUAAUAACUCUAAAUAUAUGUCACUACAGAGCAACUGA